AUGCAGAAAGUGGCAGCAACAACUCCAAACGAGAAAAUAGCACCGAUCCCGUUUGAGAGAGAGCAAGAGUUUGAUAUUUGUACAGCUGCUGAAUUAUUGGAUUCAAUCAAUGAAGAUAGGAAUAGGAAUGAGAUGGGAGAAAAGAGGGCCACCAGCAAAGCAAACGGGCAAAUGGAUGAGACGUGGGCGGAUGAGAGGCACAAGGCAAACGAGAAUUGGGCAUUUUACAAGUUGUAUUACAGAAAAGUGUGCAGCUUGAUUUGGAUCAACUUUCGAAGAAAUCGGGUUGAACUUGGGGCGGUUGGGGUUGUAGUGGUGCGAUUUGGACGAGGUAUCGACGAGGCGGAAGGAGGCGUCCUCGUCGGCAGCGAGGGUGGCGAACGAGUUGUCGCCGGAGAAAUUGAAGGCGGAGUCGGAGAUAGUAAACCUGUUGAUAACAGCAUCAACAAUGACUUGAAUGGGGUUCAUAUCGGUCAACAGAUGGAUGAUCUCCAUAGCAUGCUUCACAAUCCUAACAGCCUUGAGCUUCUUCCCAUUAUUGCGUCCGUGCAUCAUGAGAGAGUUGGUCAGCCUCUCAACUAUCGGGCAUUGAGCUUUCCGGAAUCGCUUUGCUUGAUCCCCACAAUGUACAAUCUCUAA